GACGCUCUUGACGGGGUGUCAUCACACGAGGGCCGAAUUCUUAUCAUGACGACGAAUCAUAUCGAACUUCUAGAGGCUGCGCUCAUCCGCGCCGGUCACGCCGGCAGUAAGGUCAAGCUUCCCAAUGCCGACAAAGAUGUGACCUCACAACUAUUCCAUAUGGUCUUC